GUUACGUCCCUGUGCCGCCCGAGCGGCCCUGGGAUAGCGAUGGAGACGCCCGGCGCAUCAACCCGGGCCCUGCUGCUCCCUGCCGCGUCCGGGCCCCGGAGGAAGCGCGCGGCAGGGGAGUCGCUUGCGACGAGCAAGCAACGGGUCCUGGACGAAGAAGAGUACAUCGAGGGCCUCCAGACAGUCAUCCAGAGGGACUUCUUUCCUGAUGUAGAAAAGCUGCAGGCCCAGAAAGAGUACCUGGAGGCUGAGGAGAAUGGAGACCUGGAGCGGAUGCGUCAGAUUGCCAUCAAGUUUGGCUCUGCCCUGGGCAAGAUGUCCCGAGAGCCCCCACCGCCCUAUGUGACUCCAGCCACAUUUGAAACCCCUGAUGUGCACACAGGCACCGGAAUGGUGGGCAACAAGCCCCGGGGCCGGGGCCGAGGCCUGGAAGAUGGCGAUGGAGAGGCUGGAGAGGAGGAGGAGAAGGAGCCCCUGCCCAGCCUGGAUGUCUUCCUGAGCCGGUAUACAAGUGAGGACAAUGCCUCCUUCCAGGAGAUCAUGGAGGUGGCCAAGGAGAAGAGCCGGGCACGCCACACAUGGCUCUACCAGGCCGAGGAGGAGUUUGAGAAGAGGCAGAAAGAUAAUCUUGCACUUCCGUCGGCAGAGCACCAAGCCAUUGAGAGCAGCCAGGCCGGUGUGGAGACCUGGAAGUACAAGGCCAAAAACUCCCUGAUGUACUACCCAGAGGGUGUCCCUGAUGAAGAACAGCUGUUUAAGAAGCCAAGGCAGGUGGUGCAUAAGAAUACUCGCUUCCUCAGGGACCCCUUCAGCCAGGCCCUGAGCAGGUCCCAGCUGCAGCAGGCCGCCGCCCUCAAUGCCCAGCACAAACAGGGCAAGGUGGGCCCUGAUGGCAAAGAACUGAUCCCCCAGGAUUCCCCCCGAGUGGGCGGAUUUGGAUUUGUUGCAACCCCCUCUCCUGCCCCUGAUCUUGGAGCCAGGCCGCAGGGAACGGCUGGGGCUGAAGAUGGCCAACGAGGCUGCAGCCAAGAACCGGGCCAAGAAGCAGGAAGCCUUGAGGAGAGUGACGGAGAACCUGGCCAGCCUCACCCCCAAAGGCCUGAGCCCAGCCAUGUCUCCAGCCCUGCAGCGCCUCGUGAGCAGGACGGCCAGCAAGUACACAGACCGGGCCCUGCGGGCCAGCUACACCCCAUCUCCAGCACGCUCAACCCACCUCAAGACCCCAGCUGGUGGGCCCCAGACCCCCACGAGCACGCCGGCUCCUGGCUCUACAGCACGCACCCCCCUCAACCAAGAUCCAGCCUCCAUCACGGACAAUCUGCUACAACUCCCUGCCCGGCGCAAAGCCUCAGACUUCUUCUAGGGCCAGGCCCGGGUCGGGCCUGUGGAAGCUUUGUGGAGCCUGCAGGGCAGCUGCCCACUCAGCAGAGGACUCCGGCCUUCUGGGGACCCAGGCCCGGGCCAGAAAUGGUGACUGUCCCAGGAGCCACAGAAGAGAUGCCGUGCCUCAGCCAGACUGGUACAAAACUUGGCCCUCACAGCCUUUGGGGUGCAUCCCACGGUCUUGUUCGUACUCUUUUCUAUCAACCGCCUGUCUGUUUUUAUUUAGCUGUCAUUAAAGAGCACCUAGCACCAUCUGGCAGGCUUCUGUGUCCGGCCUGCUCUGCACGGCCCUUAGGCGGCCCUCGUGCCUACAGCACGGUCUCAGGACUGCAGGCCUUCCUGGAAGGAAGCUUCUGGGUGAGGUGACCCUUGGAAGACCAG